AUGGCGCCGCCUUCGCUGCCCUGCGGUGCCUCCUUCUCCCCGGAGGACGCCGAGCUGAUCACCGUCUACCUCAACCGCAAGAUCGCCGGAUCUCCGCUCCCCGCCCCCACGGCGCACUACGUCCACGACGCCGACGUCUACGCCGCCGAGCCCGCGGCGCUCGUCGCCGGCCUCCUCGCCGCGUCGGCCAAGAACGGCGGGGGGAGCGAGGAGUGGUAUUUCUUCACGUCCGUCAAGGCCAAGAGCAGCCACGACACCCGCAGGUGCCGCACCGUGGCCGGAGGCGCGGGCACCUGGCACUCCGAGAAGGGGCGCCGCGACGUGCUCGACAGGGACGAGGUCGUCGGGUACCGCCAGGUGUUCACCUUCGAGCCAAGGAACUUAUUUUAA